AUGGCGCACAGCAAUGGCAGUUCAGGUCCUUUUGAAUUACCCGCCGAAGACGUCCCCAGCGAAGCUCCCCCAGUAUAUUCAGAAACCGCAGCUCCAGGACAAAUAGUCGACAGCAACACCCACAUAGGAGACGAUGGCCGCAUCAACGUCGACCUCGACUCCAAACUCGGCCGCACCCUCUCGCGCGUCUUCCGCGCACCACCCGCCUCCCUCGCAAACCUCCGUCCCUCGACCCCUCCCCCGAUCUACACCGAGCGCGAGCAGCGACAGCGCAGCUACCCCGUCCACCUGAAUAUCGUCAUCCAAGUCGUCGGCAGCCGAGGCGACGUGCAGCCCUUCGUAGCGCUAGGCACCGAACUCCAACGCCACGGGCACCGCGUGCGAUUAGCCACACAUGACACGUUCGCGAGCUUCGUGCGGGACGCGGGGCUGGAGUUCUACGCCAUCGGCGGCGACCCGGCGGAGCUGAUGGCGUACAUGGUCAAGAACCCGGGGCUGAUCCCGAACAUGCGCAGCCUGCGCGCCGGCGACGUGCAGCGCAAGCGCGAGAUGGUGCGCGAGAUGCUGGACGGCUGCUGGCGGAGCUGCGUCGAGCCCGACGAGCUGACGCGCGACCCGUUCGUGGCGGACGCCAUUAUUGCGAAUCCGCCUAGCUUCGCGCAUGUGCAUUGCGCGCAGGCGCUGGGUAUACCGGUGCAUUUGAUGUUUACCAUGCCGUGGAGCAGCACGAGGGCGUUUCCGCAUCCGCUGGCGAACCUAAAGUAUAAGGAUACUGAGCCGAGCGUGGCGAACUAUAUAUCCUAUGGCAUUGUGGAGUGGAUGACUUGGCAGGGAUUGGGCGAUGUCAUCAAUGAUUGGAGAAAUCAGAUGGAUUUGGAGCCUGUUCCCAUGUCUGAGGGUCCAUGCCUGGCAGAGACUUUGAAAGUACCUUUCACAUACUGUUGGUCGCCGGCUUUGGUACCGAAGCCAUUGGAUUGGCCCGCACAUAUUGAUGUUUGCGGCUUCUUCUUUCGAGAUCCGCCAAAGUAUGAACCGCCAAAAGACCUCGCCGCCUUCCUCGAUGCAGGCGACCCUCCGGUAUAUAUCGGUUUCGGCAGCAUCGUCAUUGACGACCCGGAAAGAAUGACAAGUGUCAUCCUCUCAGCAGUGAAAGCGACCGGCGUGCGGGCGAUCGUGUCAAGAGGCUGGAGUAAUCUGGGAGAGGCCGAAUCAACCGAACAGGUGUUUUACCUGGGCGACUGUCCUCAUGAGUGGCUAUUCCAGCACGUGUCCUCCGUAGUGCACCAUGGAGGAGCUGGAACUACCGCCUGUGGAUUGCGUAAUGGCAAGCCAACCACGAUCGUGCCUUUCUUUGGAGACCAACCCUUUUGGGGAAACAUGAUAGCAGCAUCAGGAGCAGGCCCGGUGCCUAUUCCGCAGAAGAAGCUCACAUCCGACAAUCUCGCUGAAGCUAUCAGAUACUGCCAGUCUCCACCAGCGGCGCAGGCUGCAUUCGAGAUAUCAGAGAAGAUGAAGAUGGAGGAAGGUGUACAGGCUGCUGUAGCAUCCUUUCACAAGAACCUGCCGUUGGAGAACAUGUCCUGCGACAUCUUCCCGGAUCAGCCUGCAGUGUGGAAGUACUCCAAGGGGAAGCAGUCUGUGAAGUUGUCGAAACUGGCUGUCGAGUCCGUCACGGCAAAGCUUUCCAUCAAGAUGAAGGAUUUCAAGUACUACGAAACCAACACCAUCAUCAUAGAAAACCGUCGCUGGGAUCCCGUCACGGGCCUCACAUCAGCCUACAUAGGCACAGCAACAGACGUUGUCAAAAACACCGCAGGCAUCUUCAUAGACCCCUACCAAGAAUACCGCAAAGGCCGCGUCACAGCCAACCACAGCCACUCCGCCUCGCGCUCUCAAUCAACGCAACCCUCCCAAGCCUCCUCACCAACAAACUCCACCUUCUCCCGCGAUGACCACGACCUCAAACACAGCAAAACCGCUACCCCCUUCAGCCCCUCCUCCUCCCACUCCGCCACGGACCCAACCCACCGCCCCAGCACCGCCCUCGUCCGCCCUCCCUCCCCCACCCCCUCCGUCGCCCUCACCACCACCUCCGAGCGCGAGCGCCGCGCCCACAACCUGCGCACAGCCGGCAAAAUGGCGACCGCGUCGGCCAAGUCGCUCGGGGCGGUCCACUCGUCCUUCUUCCGCGGCAUGAUCGUCGACCUGCCGCUGGCGGUCGCCGAGGGCAUGCGCAACGCGCCCGCGCUGUACGGCGAGAACGUCGCCCAGCACCAGCCGGUGACGGACUGGAAGUCUGGCGCCGUGGUAGCGGGCAAGAACUUCGCGUGGGGGCUGGCCGAGGGCGUGUCGGGCAUCGUGACGCAGCCGGUGAAGGGCGCGAGGGAGGAGGGCGCGCUGGGGGCGGUCAAGGGUGUCGGCAGGGGGUUGAUGGGGCUGGGGUUGAAGACUGGGAGUGCGGUGGUGGGCGUGGCGGGGUAUGGGGGGCAGGGGGUUGUCAAGAGUUUGAGGGCGUUGGGGCAUACGAAGACGCGGAAGAUGGUGGUGGAGAGGAGGAAGGGGGAGGGGGUUUGGAUUGUUGCGAGGAGGAGUGUCGAUUUGAAUCGGGUUGUGGCGGAGUUUGAGAGGUUGAAGAAUGGGCGGUGA